AUGUCGUGGCACCCGCAGUACCGCAGCUCCAAGUUCCGUCACGUGUACGGCAAGGCUGCCAGCAAGGACAAGUGCUACGACUGCGUGCCCAUCACCCGCAACGUCCACGACAACCACUUCUGUGCCGUGAACCCCCACUUCAUCGCAGUGGUGACCGAGUGUGCAGGCGGGGGGGCCUUCCUGGUCAUUCCAAUCCACCAGACAGGCAAGCUUGACCCACAUUAUCCCAAAAUAUGUGGUCACAAAGGGAAUGUUCUGGACAUCAAGUGGAACCCGUUCAAUGAUUUUGUAAUAGCUUCAUGUUCAGAAGACGCCACAGUUAAAAUCUGGGACAUCCCCAAGCACUUGCUUACAAGAAACAUUACCAGUCCGAAGAAGGAACUUCUUGGGCAUGUUCGAAGAGUGGGUCUUAUCGAAUGGCAUCCCACUGCCAACAACAUCCUCUUCAGCUCCGGCUAUGACUACAAGAUAAUGAUCUGGAAUCUUGACAUCAAGGAGACUGUCAUCUCGAACCCAGUGAAGAUCCUUGAUGUUCACAAAGAUGUGGUCCUUUCCAUGUCAUUCAACACAGAUGGUAGCCUCCUAGCCACAGCCUGCAGAGACAGAAAGAUACGUCUGAUAGACCCUCGUGCAGGAACAGUCCUACAAGAAGCCAACUACAAGUCUCACAGAGUCAAUAAAGUCUUGUUCCUUGGAAACAUGAAAAAGCUGUUCUCUACUGGAACAUCUCGGUGGAAUAAUAGGCAAAUUGCAUUAUGGGAUCAAAAUGACCUUUCUGUGCCUUUACUGGAGGAGGAUCUGGAUGGCUCCUCAGGACUCCUGUUCCCCUUCUAUGACUCAGACACACAUAUGCUUUACGUAGUGGGAAAGGGUGAUGGAAAUAUACGGUACUACGAGAUAAGCCCUGAGAAACCAUACCUGAACUACCUGAUGGAAUAUCGUUCUCCUUUACCACAAAAGGGAAUUGGAAUGAUGCCAAAGAGAGGCCUUGAAGUGUCAGCUUGUGAGAUUUUCCGUUUUUACAAACUGAUCCCAGCUAAAAGCCUGAUUGAGCCCAUCUCCAUGAUUGUGCCUCGACGGUCGGAGUCAUACCAGGAAGACAUCUACCCCUUGACCACUGGAGCCCAGCCAGCGAUGACAGCAGUAGAGUGGCUGAAAGGAUUUAACAAAGGACCUGUCUUGGUAUCUUUAAGACCAGGCUCUGGAGCUGUGAAUUCAUCACCACAGUUUCUUGAGGAAGAAUCACUUAUGAAAGCUACUGACCAGAGCCAGCACCAGGGUUGGGGAGGAAGAAUGCCACCAGAGGGCACACAGAAGCCAAGUGAGAUCAAAGACAGCAGAAAACAGUGGAAAGUGGAGGAGGAAUUGCCAAAAAAGGAGCAAAUGUGCCUCUCCAAUGGCUUUGACAUAUUUGAGUGUCCACCACCAAAAACUGAAAAUGAGCUUUUGCAGAUGUUUUACCGGCAACAGGAUGAAAUCCGUAGACUACGUGAGCUGGUAAACCAGAGAGAUGUCCAAAUUAAACAGCUGGAGCUGGAGCUCAGAAACCUCUGCAUGGACCCAGGCAGAUACUGA